CAUUAAAUUAUUUUUCAAUUUAGUUCUAUAGAAAAAUGUUAAAAUGUGGCAAACCAAAGACCGAACCUGAACCUAGAUUCAUAUAGGGGAUAAGCUAGUUUGAUUCAAAUCAAUUUUCUGACAACUUGCACAAUAUAAAAGGCGACCCUCGUGAAUAGUUCCUGAGAGAAGAGAGAAGACCCACUUAUAGCUAGAUUAGGCUGCUUCGUACGAGGUAAAUUACGGCAUUGCGUAUGAUUAAUGCAUCUGCAAAUUGAGGCCAGCGAAAAAAAACCUGCUGAAAGGUGCCUUCAGGAGAAGGCAACAGCCGUUAAGAGCGAGGCGCAGACACCGCUCGAUUAAUGAUUGAGUGCACGUCGUGAUAUUGAUGGGAGGAGGCGGGAUGGUAGCUGCAAUAAUUGAGUUUUAAAAGGAAACAGGUGGCGCCCAGGGAAGACGUAGCUGGACGGUUGAGUCAGCGGCUAGAUGAUUGGCAAUGGAGGAGUUACUAGUUAUUUAUGUAUCAGGAUGAAUCACAGAGUUCUUAUCCACGCAGAGUUCCUCUUCCGCUGUGGAGCCAGUUGCGAUUGACCAUCCCGCCAGCUAAUUAAUGCAGUGCAUGUCUUUGGGCUUUAUUUUAAUUCUCUAAGCGGUUCGCUUUUAUCAAUGGCGAUAAACCGCACACGCACCCAUAAACCUCGAUUUUUGGGAUAGUACAAUGUCCAAGGGUCUACGAAAUGACCUUAAAUUGAAUUGGCAAUUUUAUGGUUACGUUCAACAUGCGUGCUGUAUUUAUUUAUGGUAUUAAUAGACAAAAAUUAAAAUGCCAAAUCGAAAAUUCCUUUCGAAGAAUUUAUCAUAUUUGUCUGAUCGCAUUGCCCAUAAGAAGAUCCAUAACUGACAGCUGGAACGUGCAACAUUGUGAAUAUAAUGGAACCGGUCUCCAAUCAUCUACACCCGCCUAUAUAUACAAUUUAAUAAUCCAAAUUCAGCUGGGGCUAUCCAAUGAUCCGCACCGCAACCAGGCAACGGGCGGUUCGCACGUUCGGACUCGAGUCGACUCGAUCCCGGGGAGAACGCAUGCCGCAUACUAAAUAGGGGCGCUGAGAGGCUCCACUUUGGGUAUAUCCGAGUUUUAGCAACAGCUCAUUAUGCUCAUUUUGUAGUUUUUUUUUGCCAAUCUGAUUUCGUAUAUAAAUCUAACGCGUUGCGUUGGCCAGUCAUCACUUCUUUGGUGGAAACUUAAGUGUCAAGUUUAGCUCCUGCUGUGAUCCAGUGCGCGUAACAAAUAACAUAAAAAGUAUAUAUAACACAAAUUGCCAUAUCGAAGGACUUUAAGACAAAUAACCAAACAUCAGUCCCAACAUGAAGUUCAGUGCUGCGUUUGCUUUGCUGGUGAUCGUCGGUUUUGUGGCCAGCGGCGAUGCCUUGCCAGCCAGGAAAAAUCGGCAAUACCUUGUUCCAGGAAUGGCCUUUUAUCAACAACCGGCCGCCGCCGAAUGGUACGGUGCCGCCCCCCAGCAGAGAAUAAUGUACAUGCAGUACGUGCAGCCAGGACGCACUCAUGCACGCUCCACUCAGGCGGCAAGCGCACUUGUGGCCGGUGAAACCGUUGCCACCGGCACAUAUCUCAAGGAUUGCGAUCACGCAGAGUCCGAUGUGGCAGUCAGUGUGGAUGACAUCAGCUCGGAGACCGCCCAGGCUGAUGAUGCCCUGAGCGCUGCCGGCGGUGCCAGCUCUGUGGCCGAAGCCUAUCCCGAUGAGGCACCCGUGGUGCAGAUUGCCGUCGAUAGCAGCAACAGCGCCGAUGCCGACACUCAAUCGGCUGUGUCCGUAAGCGACGAUGCCGCCAAGGUGCCUCGCGACUUCAACUUUGCCGCCGAGGAACCAGCACCAGUGGCAACCGUUGACGAGGAUGAGCUGCCCGCACCGGCUCCAAUUGCGCCCGUUGCCGCCGUUGUACCCGCCAACCGUUAUCUGCCCGCCAAGAAGAAGGUCAUCGUCGAGCUGGACCAGUCUGCCGAAGAUGCCGAGGCCCAGGUGGCUGCUUUUGAGGAUGAAGAGGCCGAGAAUGCUGUUGCCGAUGAUGUCGAAGAGGAUGAUGAGGAGUUCUCCGAGCCCAUCAAGCCCGUCGCUAAGCGUCCCGCUCGCGUGCCCAACGCCCGCCGUCCCGCUGUCAAGAAGCCCAUUGGCACUGCUGGCAAGCCAGGACAGAAGCCCGCUCCUCUGCCGGCUGGCACAUUCUUCCCAGUAAACUUUGGUGGCACCACGGGCGGCGCCAUCGCCAUUGCCAACUCUUUCAGCACGGGUGAGGGCGGCUCUGCCACAUCGCACGCCAUUGCCUACGGCUCGCCGGAAGCCGUACGCGCUCGUGUCCGUCCCAGUCCCAGCAAGCGUCGCCAUUAAACAGCUGCCCACCUGCUCCCUGACUGACGCUCAUUCCCAUUGCGACGCCACUUGAAUGUCCACCACCAAUUCUUGCUAAUGCAUCGCCAGGUGCAACGAUACUUUCAUUUCGAGUCUGCGCCGAGUCUGUAAUCAAAGAUUUUUGUAAUUAUUAGCCAAAUUGUAAACGUUUCCGAGCGCAUUUUAAUAAAAGUUCUUUCUGU